CCUCCCCCUUUUGGGAACCCUCACAUUGAAAUGCUGCAAAUGACUGGGGCCCCGCAUGCAGUCGCCACCGGGCCGCGCGAAGCCCGGGAUUCCAGCGCGGACACUGCGGACAGCAGCCCGGGCGGGGGCGUAGCCGGCGGAGGCUGCGAGAAUGAGGAGCGUAGGGUGGGCGGUCGCACUGCUUUUCGCCGCGGCGGGGGCUGCAGUGGAAGACAUAUGUCAGAGAAACGAGUUCCAGUGUCGAGAUGGGAAAUGCAUCUCCUACAAGUGGGUCUGCGAUGGGAGCGCUGAGUGCCAGGAUGGCUCUGACGAGUCCCAGGAAACAUGCAUGUCUGUCACCUGCAAGUCAGGCGACUUCAGCUGCGGGGGCCGUGUCAACCGCUGCAUUCCUCGGUUUUGGAGAUGUGAUGGCCAGGUGGACUGCGAGAACGGCUCCGACGAGCAAGACUGUGCUCCCAAGACGUGCUCCCCCGACGAGUUCCGCUGCCAUGACGGCAAGUGCAUUGCCCAGGUUUUCGUCUGCGAUUCGGACCGGGACUGCCUGGACGGCUCCGACGAGGCGCUCUGCCCAGAGCCCACCUGCGGCCCUGCCACCUUCCAGUGCAACAGCUCCACCUGCAUCCCUGAGCUGUGGGCCUGCGACGGUGACCCCGACUGCGAGGACGGCUCCGACGAGUGGCCGCAGCACUGUGGGGACCGGGACCCGGCCUCCCCCCGAGGCGACAGCAGCCCCUGCUCCGCGCUGGAGUUCCACUGCCGCAGCGGCGAAUGCAUCCACUCCAGCUGGCGCUGCGACGGCGACUCCGACUGCAAAGACAAGUCGGACGAGGACCGCUGCGCUGUGACUACAUGCCGGCCGGAUGAGUUCCAGUGUUCCGACGGGACCUGUGUCCACGGCAGCCGGCAGUGUGACAAGGAAUACGACUGUGAGGACAUGAGUGACGAGGUUGGCUGCAUCAAUGUGACUGUGUGCGAGGGCCCCAACAAGUUCAAGUGCCACAGUGGCGAGUGCAUCCCCCUGAACAAAGUGUGCGACUCAGUCAGGGACUGCCGGGACUGGUCGGAUGAGCCCCUCAAGGAGUGUGGGACCAACGAGUGUCUGGACAACAAGGGUGGCUGCUCGCACAUCUGCAAUGACCUCAAGAUUGGGUACAAGUGCUUGUGUCCAGGGGGCUUCCAGCUGGUAGACGAGCGAAGAUGUGAAGAUAUUGAUGAGUGUCAAGACCCUGAUGCCUGCAGCCAGAUCUGCGUGAACACUGAGGGCGGCUACAAGUGCGAGUGUGAGGAGGGCUUCCAACUGGACCCUCUCACCAGAUCCUGCAAGGCCGUAGGCACCAUCGCCUACCUCUUUUUCACCAACCGCCACGAGGUGAGGAAGAUGACCCUGGACCGCAGCGAGUACACCAGCCUCAUUCCAAACCUGAAGAAUGUGGUUGCCCUGGACACGGAGGUGGCCAGCAACAGAAUCUACUGGUCCGACCUGUCCCAACGGAAGAUCUACAGCACCCAGAUCGACAGAGAUCCCAGCUUCUCCUAUGACACUGUCAUCAGUGAGGACCUCCAGGCCCCCGAUGGGCUGGCCGUGGACUGGAUUCAUGGCAACAUAUACUGGACUGACUCCAUCCUGGGCACCGUCUCCGUGGCUGACACCAAGGGCAUGAAGAGAAAGACCCUCUUCAAAGAGAAAGGCUCCAAGCCCAGGGCCAUCGCGGUGGACCCCGUUCACGGCUUCAUGUACUGGACAGACUGGGGGACCCCUGCCAUGAUCAAGAAAGGGGGUCUGAAUGGCGUGGACGUUUACUCGCUGGUGACAGAGGACAUCCAGUGGCCGAAUGGCAUCACCCUGGAUCUUUCCGGUGGCCGCCUCUACUGGGUGGACUCCAAGCUCCACUCCAUCUCCAGCAUUGAUGUCAAUGGAGGGAACCGGAAGACCGUGUUGGAGGACAAGAAAAAGCUGGCGCACCCCUUCUCCUUGGCCAUCUUUGAGGAUAAAAUAUUUUGGACGGAUAUCAUCAAUGAAGCCAUUUUCAGUGCCAACCGCCUCACGGGCUCGGACAUUAAUUUGGUGGCAGAAAACCUGUUGUCCCCGGAGGACAUUGUUCUUUUCCACAACCUCACACAGCCGAGAGGGGUGAACUGGUGUGACAGGACCACCCUCCACAAUGGUGGCUGCCAGUACCUGUGUCUCCCGGCCCCGCAGAUCAAUCCCCGCUCGCCCAAGUUCACCUGUGCCUGUCCUGAUGGCAUGCUGCUGGCCAAGGACAUGAGGAGCUGUCUCCCAGAGACUGAACCUAUGGUGACCCCCCAGGGGCCCUCCACAGUCAGGCUGGCGGCCAGCUCAACAGCUGGGAGGUUCACGGUCAGCUCCACGGCCAUGGUGGGGAAGGACACAGCCAGCCCAUGGUCCGGGGCCAGCCCUGAGCUCACCACAGCUGAGAUGGUGACGCUGUCCCAUCAAGCAUCCCUGGGUGACAUCGCCAGCAGAGGAGGCGAGGAGAGGCCCAGCAGAGUGGGGGCUCUGUACAUCGUGCUGCCUGUAGUGGUGCUUGUCCUGCUCUGCUUCGGGACCUUCCUCCUCUGGAAGAAUUGGAGGCUUAAGAGCAUCAACAGCAUAAAUUUUGACAACCCCGUGUACCAGAAGACCACGGAGGAUGAGGUCCACAUCUGCCGCAGCCAGGACGGCUACACCUACCCCUCGAGACAGAUGGUCAGCCUGGAGGAUGAUGUGGCCUGAGCCGCUGCCUGGGGCCCUGGUCCUCCCCGGGGACCGUGGCCGGUCACAGACAGGAAGAACACUUUCUCACCUGACCCUUCCUGAGACCUCACCACCCUCCUGUUUCGUGCAAACCAACCAAAAGCACCAUGGUGGCUGCGGCCUGAGUGCCGGCAGCCCCGAGGCCUGUCUGCCAGAGCUUUGUUUUAUAUAUUUAUUAGUCUCAGAGGGAGGACGGGCUUCCAAUGAUGCUCAUGGAACAGGUUUGGGUUGGGAUUUUUUCUUUCUUUAUGUAUGAUGCCAAGGAGGGGAAGGCUGGAUGAGCUGGGGGGGGCGCUUCUGCCUUCUCCAGGGACGACGGACUUCACCCUGAGGGACGAACUGGUGGAGGGACGUGGAGUGAGAGAAAGCAGUGGCUUUGAACACAGGUCUCAGGGCAGUUGCUGAGCCCCUUUCUGGAGUCCAAGCCCCCAAGCUCAGUAGUCAAUGUGUUUACCUCUGCUCUGCUGGACGGCCAGUCAGCUUUUGCUCAGCCAUCCCCAGUUCAGGAUCAAACUCGGGUUUGCUAAGCCAGGUUUGUGCCUUUCUCUUAAACCAGGACAAAGCCAGGUUCGUGCCCUUCCCUUAAACCAGGAAGGGGACCCUGGCCUUGGCACUGGCACGGCUGAAUCCAGCAUGCGGGGCUUGGGGCCUACCCAUUCAUGCACCAAGACCUCCGUGGCUCCCAGGGAAAGCCUGAGCCCCCGGUUGCCCUUAAUGUCGUAAGUGCCUGAGAUGCCCUGCUACCCUGUGUGUGAAGACAAGCAGCCUCCAACAGCGUCCUUCAGACCCCUGUGGCUGUCUGGACCCCGGCCCCGGGCCCCACCUCUGGCCCCUUCCAUGUCCCUUUGCACUUUUCGAGUUCAGGGUUGUACAUUGUGUAAAGUCAAUCUUGGUGUUAUUAUUUUGCACUGUUUUCCUUUAGGGUUGGGGUGGGCUCCCAGGCUGGACAGGGCCCCUGUGGAGGAACGUUCUGAGGGCCUUUCUCCCAGCGCCUCAAAGCCAGCAUCAUGACUGUCUGGCUAGUGUUUCCAUUUCUAUGCAGAUGCCCCAUCGAUUUCCUUGACAAGGUGCUCGUGGGUAAUGGGUGCCCAUCUGAAACAUGCGUGGGGUUUCGGCGCCAGUAGGAUGUCUCCUGGGCUUGGUCAUUUUAUGGAACGUAGUAAACGACAAUUCUUUCUGAAAUGAUUAUGUGUGUUGUCGCACUUAAACCAAAGAGACAGUGGCGGCAGCCUCCCGUGGAUUCCUGCCCGAAGACAUCGGAAGGAAUUGCUGGCUGUUAACGACUGUUUGCCACACAACCACAAAACGCUGUGUCCCGCCCUGUGGGAAACUGAAAGCCUUGUCUGUUUCUGAAGCAUGUAAAUACACCCCUGUGCAGAGACGCAGGGGCUUUUUGUUGUUUGCACUUUGUAUAUUUGUUGAAACAUAAAUCACUUAUAGGUAUGGAAAAAGGUCUAUUUAUUUUGGCAAACCCUGGUUGCUGCAUUUGUUCGGUGACCCCUCUGGGGGGCGCUCUGCACUGGGGGAAGUUGUCUCUGAGACACCUUGUCCUUCUGUACAAAGAUUAUUCCCGCAGGCUGUGUGCCUCAUUCUUCAGGAGAAUAGUGCCCGUGUUGUAUAUAUGGGUUGCUUUGGGGGAAUGGGUAUCACUUUUUAAACCACUGUAUAGAAUGUUUUUAUAGCCUGAAUGUCACUGUGAUGAAAUUAAAUUUGUAAAUGAAC